UUGUUUUUGCCUGGUCACACUUGUCCAUUGGUUUCUUCGAUUCACAGCGUGUUUCGUUUUGUGCCGAUUUCUUGAUUUAAUUCACUAACUAAAGGAAAUCUUUGUUUAAUUGCGAGACGCAAUGGCUUCGAUUAGCUUGCUGAACCCCAAGGCCGAGUUCGCCCGCGCCGCCCAGGCUCUGGCCAUCAAUAUCAGUGCCGCCAAGGGAUUGCAGGAUGUGAUGCGCACCAAUUUGGGCCCCAAGGGCACAGUGAAGAUGUUGGUUUCCGGCGCCGGCGACAUCAAGAUCACCAAGGACGGCAAUGUGCUGCUCCACGAGAUGCAGAUCCAGCACCCCACUGCCUCCAUGAUUGCCAGGGCCAGCACUGCCCAGGAUGAUUCCACGGGCGAUGGAACCACCACCACUGUGAUGCUGAUUGGCGAGCUGCUAAAGCAGGCGGACAUCUAUCUGUCGGAGGGACUGCAUCCUCGCAUCAUGACCGAGGGAUUCGAGAAGGCCCGCGAUAAGGCCUUGGAGGUGCUCGACAAGGUCAAGGUUCCCGUGGAGAUCAACAAGAAGAGCCUCGUCGAGGUGGCCAACACCAGUUUGAAGACCAAGGUGCAUCCCGCCCUGGCCGAUUUGCUGACCGAUGUCUGCGUCGAUGCCGUGCUGACCAUUGCCAGUGCCGACAAGACCAAGCCCGUCGACCUCCACAUGGUGGAGCUGAUGGAGAUGCAGCACAAGACCGACACCGAUACUCACCUGGUGCGUGGCCUGGUCAUGGAUCACGGUGCCCGCCAUCCGGACAUGCCCAAGCGCCUGGAGAACGCCUACAUCCUCACGGCCAAUGUCUCGUUGGAGUACGAGAAGGCCGAGGUCAACUCGGGCUUCUUCUACAAGACCGCCGAGGAGCGUGAGGCCUUUGUGCGCGCCGAGCGGGAGUUCAUCGACCAGCGUGUGAAGAAGGUGAUCGAGCUGAAGCGCUCCGUGUGCGAUGGCACCGACAAGACCUUCGUUCUGAUCAACCAGAAGGGCAUCGACCCCAUCUCCCUGGACGCUCUGGCCAAGGAGGGCAUUCUGGCCCUGCGUCGCGCCAAACGGCGUAACAUGGAGCGUCUGGCGCUGGCCUGCGGUGGCACUGCCAUGAACUCCUUCGACGAUCUGCAGGAGGAGCACUUGGGCUACGCUGGCGUGGUCUUCGAGCAUGUGCUGGGCGAGAACAAGUACACCUUCGUGGAGGACUGCAAGAACCCGCUGUCGGUCACGAUCCUGAUCAAGGGUCCCAACAAGCACACGAUCACCCAGAUCAAGGAUGCCAUUAGGGACGGUCUGCGUGCCAUCAACAACACCAUUGCCGAUAAGGCCCUGGUGCCCGGAGCUGGCGCCUUCGAGGUGCGCGCCUACAACGAGCUGGUGGCCUUCAAGGACACCAUCAAGGGCAAGUCCCGCCUGGCUGUGCAGGCCUUCGCUGAUGCCCUUCUGGUCAUCCCCAAGACGCUGGCCGUGAACAGCGGCUACGAUGCCCAGGACACAAUCGUCAAGCUGACGGUGGAGGAUCGCUUGAACCCCGAACUGGUCGGCCUGGACCUGGCCACCGGCGAGCCCAUGAAGCCCGUAGAUCUGGGCGUCUACGACAACUACAUCGUGAAGAAGCAGAUCCUCAACUCCUGCUCGAUCAUCGCCAGCAACCUGCUGCUCGUCGACGAGGUGAUGCGUGCGGGCAUGACGAGCCUCAAGGGCUAGUCCCUUCCCCUCCAUCCGAUUCAUUCUCGUUAACCAAGUUAAUGCACCGCCUGCUCUUCAACCCGCGUCUCCCAAAACAACACCACAACUAAAAUAUAUACCUUCAUAACUUGAAAAUACACGAACUUGGAACGGUUGCGGCUGCAAGUAUUCACAAAGAAAUCUAAAACCAUACGCAGCACUAUACUUAUCGCUAAUGUAUUUCUCUAUUUUUAUUACGACUAAUGAUUACUUACUACAAACCAUUGGUUUAAAAAUAAAAACGUAAAUCGAAAACUAAUUAAAA